ACAACACCUUCAAAGAGCGACCCUCCGAAUCGGACGAGCUGCAGACCAUCCAGGAACACAGCGGAGCGGCUUCAGAGUGCGGGUCGGAGAGCCCCGAACAGGACCUAGACUAGGCUAGCUUUUUUUUUGUUCCUCCCUCCCUUUCUUUUCUCUUUUCCCUCCUCUGUCUUUCUUUCUCUCAUUCAAGAGAGAGACAAGAACCCCACGUUUGACAAAUACAGAAAUACUACCAACCACUACUACCACCACCAUGGCAUCUGCAAGCAGCUCUGCACAGGCCGCCUUCGGGCUGGGCCGGAGGAAGAAGAACCCCAGCCUCCUGGAUCAGAUUGGACUGUUCUUCGGAGGGGACAAGAAGAGGAAGAGCAAGGGAUCUUUCCGAGGUGCUCUCUCCCCAGCCCCUCAGAAAGCCUCCGCCACUUCCCCACGCAAGAAGGGCCAGGAGAACGCUGUGGUCCACUUCUUCCGCACGAUCGUGUCUCCUGCACCUCCCAAGUCUAGGAAGUCAACGAAGAAGGCCGGAGCAGGGGAAGGCACCCUGACUAGGAUCUUCAAAAUGGGAAGCAGGAGUGCUUCUCCAGCCAAACGCUGAAGUCCCACCACAACCCCCCAACCAACAGCACGAGGGCAAAGGUCAAGACCACGGGACUGAAGUGGGGAUAAAAGAGGAAGAAAAGGAGGAAAUCUUGUCACCCCUUAACCCACCUCUCCUUCUGUUUCUGAUAACACUCUAAUACUGUAUCCUUCAACCCGCCCCCCCCGCGUAGAACCUCCCCACCCCUUUUUUUGGCUGGUAGAUAGCGACACAAUCUGUUGCCCCCCUCCCCCCCGCAUGCUUUGUGCUGAGUCUGUGCAUCAUCAUGAUCGGUGUGAACUGUUUGCUGAAAGUGACCCUGAAGCCGCUCACAUAUGCAGCCUGAAUGACCCCCUCCCUGGACCCCGAUCCUGACCCUGACCCCUCCUACCAUGGCUCUCCAUUCAUGUGCUUGAGUUCCUGUAAACGUCUUCGACGGUUUUUCUAACAAACAUGGCGAGGAAACCGAAGCAGACCCGGAGCAGUUGAAGGUUCCGGCCGGUGGGAGUCCGACUGACUCGACCGUCAUUGCCGCUUGCUGAUUGGAUGAACAGACCGGGUCGUUUCUGUUUUAUUGAGAGUGGUUUUCUGUCCUGUUGUGCUGUCUUUGUCUUCCCUAAAACCUCGUCUGUCAAACCAAACAUACUCCUGUGUUUCAUUUCUGUUUUGAGACAGAUUUAACAAACUUUACAUUAUUAAGAGAGCCAUUUUGGUCAUUGUGUGUUCUCAUUCCACCCUCAUGUUGUAGCUGUAGUUAAGUGUCCUGUCCUGAAUGUUGUGUUGAUCUAUGUUAGUCCUAAGAGCCUAAGGCUGGCUGUGGAUUUAGUGGUAAAAAUGUAAUUUCUAAACCUUCUAAAUGAUUUCUUCUUCAAAUGUGACUGUAAAAAAAGAUAAAUUAGUCAUUCCUAACACUCCAUCUUUUUCCCUUCAUGAGAUAAUGCCAUACACUUAUUUUCCUCUCCACCUAAACAUUUCCACCACACUCUGAAUCUGAAACAAGAUUUGAUGUUGCAUUAUAGCAGAUUCAGACCUUCCUCUUAGCUUUAGUGUAGUCUAGGUCUCCUCUUUGUCUUGUUUGUUUAUAUCUUACACACAGCAGCCAUAUCAAAUUCCCAGAAACCCCAAGCUAAACAACAAGUGCCUUUCCUCCUGGCUACCAAAGCAACACGCUGCCUUUCCUUCUCAAACACAGACACAAUUUCAAAAAGGUGCUCUGAAACUAACUUUGUGCAGUUUGAUGAAGAAAAAAAAGAAGAAGUUCAGCACAAACAUCGCGCUGAUCAGAACAUCCAUCUUCCAAAUGUGUUACAAAGCAGGCGUGUGUGAUCUCUCCUUCUGUUUGUGCGUGCUUGAGCCUUUGUGAGUGCUGUGUUGUGUUUUUCAGAAUGGAUCCUGUGGAUGAAUGUAAAGAUCCUCUUCAUUAUUGUAUGUGUAAUAAAACAUGACCAGCCACUUAACUGAGAAUAAAAAAAUAAAAAUUAUAAAACCAGCUCUA